AUGUCAGACUCACCGGUCGAUAGAACGGAGGCCAUCAAUAGGUAUAACGAUGCUAUUGCAACACUCCGCAAGGAGGGAGUCGCUAAUGCUGUAGACAGCGUCCCCUCACUACUCGAUCGCCCCGAUACGAUUGACACACUCAUCGAGGACCUCCUCACACCAUCCAACAAGCUUUCAACUGCAGAGUUGGCCCGGUCUCAAGUCCACUGGAAGCGCAAGCCAAAGCUGGAACACAUGCUUUGGGCCGAGCCUAGCACCUCGCUUCACUCGCUCGAAUUCGUCCGUGCCGGUCUCGAGGGAAGGAUUGUCUCGUACCGCGAAGUCUCUCACACUUCGACGCCGCUUCUAGACUCCAGAUCUUCUGCCUCGAUGACGAGGAAGCCGGCGACGUCUAGCAACUUUGUGCGAGGAAAGUCAGCGUACGUUCCCUUUGCACCAGGAGGAUUAGAGAGCGAAGUUAUGAAGAAUCCAGAUGGAUCGGAGCGAGAUGCAGAAGAUCUCUCGGACACGAUCCGAUCGCAAGUCGCGGAUAUGGAGGAGACGUUGAGCUCCGGCAGAGGCUUGCGCACCAAAGCUCCUGGGCUCAGUCGGUCUUUCAUUGAUCCCACUGAAGAAAGUCUUGAUGAUGAGGAAGAUACAGAAGCCGUCGAAAGAGCAUCUUCAAGGGUUCAAGACGCCUCACAGGCGGUUGACGUUGGCCUUGGCAUGGCACCUAUCCCUGUUUAUCGACCUGUUGAGCAAGAUCGACCAGGACCGUCAGCUCUGCGCGGUUCUCGAUCCCAGAUCAAUGGUGACGGUAAAGAUCGUGCAGACACCAGCGUACACGAUGCCGAGCUUGACGAGCUACUCCCUGUCGAGCGUCCUCAGCCUCUCACACACGCCAGGCGAACCGCCAAGAUCGAUGCCAAACGCGAUUGGGCUCACGUCAUCGACGUGAACCAGCAACUUUCUAACUUUCACGAGCUCGUGCCACAAAUGGCUCACUCAUUCCCUUUCGAGCUAGAUACUUUUCAAAAGGAAGCUGUCUACCAUCUCGAACAAGGAGACUCGGUCUUUGUCGCUGCUCACACCAGUGCUGGUAAAACUGUGGUCGCCGAAUACGCCAUCGCUUUGGCACAGAAGCACAUGACGCGCUGCAUCUACACUUCACCCAUCAAGGCGCUCUCGAACCAGAAGUAUCGCGACUUCAAGCAGACAUUCGGCGCGGCUAAUGUCGGCAUCCUCACUGGCGAUGUGCAAAUCAACCCAGAGGCACCGUGUCUAAUCAUGACAACUGAAAUCCUGCGUAGCAUGCUCUACCGAGGCGCCGACCUUAUCCGUGAUGUUGAAUUUGUCAUCUUUGACGAAGUCCACUACGUCAAUGACCAAGAGCGUGGCGUGGUUUGGGAAGAGGUCAUUAUUCUUUGUCCGCAGCAUAUCAACCUCAUUCUGCUUUCGGCUACCGUGCCCAACACCAAAGAGUUUGCGGACUGGGUCGGACGCACAAAGAAAAAAGACAUCUAUGUCAUCAGCACACCCAAGCGUCCAGUUCCUCUGGAGCACUUUUUGUACGCUGGUAAAGAGAUGUUCAAGAUUGUCGAUGCACGCGCACAAUUCCUCGGAUCGGGACUCAAGGAGGCUGGAGAGGCGCUCAAACGGAAACAGGAGAAGGAGCGAGAGGCCAAUGCCGCCGCUACUGGUGGUGGUGGUGGUGCGGCUCGUGGUGGUCGAGGUGGAGGAGCUGCCGGCUCCAACUCUCGCGGCCGAGGAGGCAUGACGCCAGCCAGAGGUGCUGCGCCGCGAGGUCGUGGAGGUGCAGCAGGGGGUCGCGGCGGAGGCUUUCCAGGUACCACCACAGUCCGCACUGGCCUCGACAAGAAUCUCUGGAUCCACCUUGUCGGACACCUUCGUAAAAAGGAACUCCUCCCCUGCGUCGUCUUUGUGUUCUCUAAGAAACGCUGCGAAGAGUACGCGACCAGUAUGCCCAACACAGAUCUCAACACGGCUAAAGACAAGUCGGAGGUUCACAUUCUCAUCGAAAAGUCGCUUACCCGACUCAAGGGUACCGACAAGGAAUUGCCACAGAUCAAGCGCAUGCGCGACCUCCUUGGCCGUGGAAUUGGCGUCCACCAUGGAGGAUUACUUCCCAUUGUCAAAGAGAUCGUCGAGCUUCUCUUUCAGCGUGGGUUGGUCAAGGUCUUGUUUGCCACCGAAACGUUUGCUAUGGGGGUCAAUAUGCCUGCACGCUCUGUCGUCUUUUCCUCAAUUCGCAAACACGAUGGACACGGGUUCCGGGAGUUGCUCCCAGGCGAGUACACGCAGAUGUCCGGUCGUGCAGGUCGUCGAGGUCUCGACGCUACUGGUGUCGUUAUCAUUAACGCUGCCGAUCAAUUGCCCGAAACUGCCGUGCUGCACAAGACGCUUCUCGGCCAACCAACCAAGCUAUCAUCUCAGUUCCGACUUACGUACAACAUGAUCCUCAACCUGCUUCGGGUGGAAGCGCUCAAGGUUGAAGAAAUGAUCAAGCGCUCCUUUUCCGAGAAUGCGGCCCAAAAGAUGCUUCCGGAUCAACAGAAGAAGGCGCAAGAACUCGAGAAGAAAUUGGCCAAAGCACAACAUCCUCAACCUCCCGAGUUGGACGAACAAAUGUCGACGUAUUACGACCUGUGUGCUGCUGUCGUGGCGAGCAACCAGUCGCUGUUCGAGUUGGCGCUGGGUCAUCAGCAGGGAGCAAAGAACUUUGGUGCUGGGAGAGUGGUGAUUCUGCGCGAUGGGCAUUUCGACUUUGACAUAGCGGCGAUUGUCAGACAGGUUUCAGCCAGCGAAUUUUUGGUGCUUGCUGCUGUGACGCCGGAGAGGAAGAAGGGCGAAUUGGAUUUACAGGGAUGCAACAAUGGGGAGAGUGGCGGAGUUGCUCCGCUGUGGCCGCCAAGAGUGAGGGCGGCGAAAGCCGAGUUGGUGUACGAUCUUCGCGAGGUAUCAUUGAGCAGUAUCUCGCUGGUUACCGAGCAGACGAUCAAGUUGGAUGUAGCGCUCAUCACCGCGCACCGAAUCAGCGCUAUGAACCGCGCACUCGAAUCUCUGCUCCCCAUCCGCGAAUCUUUUGCCACAACCACCCAGGCAGAAGGAAUCCGAGAAGCAGAAUGGACCAAGCUACGCAGACUUGAUUUCCAAGAAGCCCUUCGUAGUCGCGAUUCCUACGCUUCCAAAACGCACCAACACCUCUCGCUCCUGGACUCACCCACCUUUUCCACCGACUAUGCCCUCGUCUCUACCUACAAGACCAUCACGCGCACCCUCGAGCAGACACUGAAACUUCAAUCCGACGAAAACCUCGAACUACUGCCGGACUAUCAUCAACGCGUUUCUGUACUCAAGACGUUACGUUACAUUGAUCCGAUCACUGAAUCAGUGCUGCUCAAAGGUCGGGUGGCGUGCGAAGUAAAUUCGGCUAACGAACUGGUCUUAACCGAACUUAUCUUGGAAAACGUUCUGGUCGAGUACGAGCCCGAACAACUGGUCGCGCUGUUGUCAAUCUUUCUCACGCAGGAAAAGACGGACGAUAUUCCUGUGCUUGAAGGCAAGAUUUUGGAAGGAUACCAAAAGAUCUUAGAGAUCGCCGAGCGAGUCUCCGCCAUUCAGUUGUCCAAUUCCCUAGCUAGUGAAGACUUUACAGCGCCUAACAAGAUAGCACUGGUACCGGUGGUGUACGAAUGGGCUAAGGGAACUGACUUCGCCACCAUCGCUGCCAUGACCGACAUUCAGGAGGGCUCGAUCGUCAGAGUCAUCACCAGAUUGGACGAAACGUGUAGAGAGAUCCGAGAUGCUGCUAGGGUCAUUGGCGAUAGAGAUCUGGGCGAAAAGAUUCAGAGUUGUCAAACACUCAUUCGUAGAGACAUCGUGUUCGCGGCCAGUUUGUACUUUUAG